UAUCUUUUCAGAUAUUUAUUUAACAAAAUAAUUAAAAUAUGAGGGAGAACGAGUAACGAAUUUUUGUUCGGAAUCAAAAUCAUGAGGUUGAACGAGCGAAUUUUUUGCCUAUUUUUCGCCUUUUCUGCGAUGUUAAAAAUGGGCGUUAAAUCAUUUAUUAACUAUGACACAUUCACUUAAUAAAAUUUUAGGUUUAACACACGCAAAUCAUGGCAAUCAGAGCGUUAUUAACUACCUCCCUGAUCAAUUAAACAAAGCCACUACAAGUGCUGUUCGACAUGGUGGAUGUUUGGGGUUGGGAUUAGCUGCAUUGGGAACUCGUAGUGUCAAAAUUUAUGAACAUUUGCGAGAAUGCUUGUAA